AUGACAAUCAUCGCCGAGUUUGUCCAUCUAGAUGGGACCCGAGUGACAGAAAAGAUCAUUGGGGUCGGAGGAACUGGCAUCUUGAUUCAGCAGGGCCAGCGGGCACUAAAGAUCCCUCGACUAUCCAGGGACAUUGGAAAUGAUGGAUUCGGAUUGCCUCUGGUAAUAAUAGACGAAAGCUCCACUCCCAAAGAAGGUGACUACGACAUACGGGCCGAUCUUCUUCUCUCGCUGGAGCACGAAAAAGCCAUCGACAGACGGCUCGGCAACCACCAUGGGAUUGUACGAUGCCAUAACUUAUCAUCCACGUCCAUGUCCACGUCGUUCACGUCGACGUCCACCGAUCAUUCGAUCAUGAUGGAUCUCAUGGCGAAUGGUGAUCUUCGACAUUACUUGGCUGAAUUUCCCAGACCCGACUCAAACCAAAUACUGUCCUGGCUGACAACCAUGGCCCAGACGCUCACAUAUAUCCAUGAUCGACGUGUCAUAGUGGCCGACAUUCGGUUGGACAACUUGUUAGUUGACGAAAACCUGGCUUCACUUUGUUGA